CUAGGGUGUAUGCUCUGGCUUGUGGAUUUGCUCGGCUGGUUCACUUCAGUUCAGUUCAGUUCAAGUCGAAUAUCAUCCGAAUCAGAACCUCAAACUCAUCUGAUGUCGUUCAGUGUCACACACACGAGCGGGCGGCGCAGUAAAUGGGAUCAGCCCGGCCCGGUGUCUGCUGGAGAUGGGGAGGUCGGAUCUGCCCCCACAGGAGCUCUGGACGCUGCCGCCGCAGUCGCCGCCAAAAUCAACGCCAUGCUGGUGGCCAAAGGCAAACUGAAGCCGUCUCAGAUCGGCAGCGCUGGACCGGCUGAUAAAGCGGCGGGUGUUGCUGGUAAUAAAAUGAAGGAUGAUCUGGUCGUAGCAGAGGUGGAGAUUAAUGAUGUUCCUCUGACCUGUCGGAACCUGCUGACCCGUGGACAGACUCAAGAUGAGAUCAGCAGAGUGAGCGGCGCUGCGGUGUCCACCAGAGGGCGCUUCAUGUCAGCAGAGGAGAAGGCCAAAGCUCUGCCCAGCGACCGUCCACUCUACCUGCAUGUUCAAGGGCAAACCAGACAGUUAGUGGACAAGGCAGUUAACAGGAUAAAGGAGAUCAUAACUAACGGUGUGGUGAAGGCAGCCACUAACUCAACCUACAGUGGCACGACGGUCACGGUGUAUCAGCAGCCUGGACCCACGCCAACAACCACACUGCCCCCUGCUGCACAUAAAGCACACUACACAGGAGGGAUGCAUUACGUUCAGGAUAAGCUGUUUGUGGGUUUGGAUCAGGCGGUUCAGGGCUUCUGUGUGAAGGAGCGUGUCGAGGGGCCGAACUGCUCGUACCUGCAACACAUUCAGGCAGAAACUGGAGCCAAAGUCUUUCUGAGAGGAAAAGGAUCCGGCUGUCUGGAGCCCACGUCUGGACGAGAGGCCUUCGAGCCCAUGUACAUCUACAUCAGUCACCCGAAAGCAGAAGGACUUGCUGCGGCAAAAACCCUGUGUGAAAACCUGCUGCAGACUGUUCAUGCGGAAUAUUCUCGUUUCCUGAAUCAGAUGAGCAGUGUGAUGCCUACACAGGGUUUUAUUCAGCCCCCUCCUGUGAACGGACUGCCCCCCCAGCCCCCAUAUUACCCUUCUGCAGGCUUUCAGCCCACUUACCCCGCACCUUUGCCCCCCCCCCAGCCCGUCCCACUUCCGUAUUCAGUGCCACCUGCAGUGCCCAUCCCUGUGCCACCUCCAAAUGCCCAGUACCCCAUCACACCUGCUCCAGCAGCAAUUAUACCAGCACAGACUCUUCUACCCUCUCUGUUCCCUACCGCUGCACAGGCUCCGUCCAAAGCCACGCCCCCCGUGGCCCCACCCAAUCCUCCACAGAAGCGGCGCUUCACUGAGGAGGUGCCCGACGAGACGGACAGCGGACUUCUGGGAUACCAGCAUGGACCCAUUCAUAUGACUAAUUUAGGUGCAGGCAUGUCUGUGGGCAGCUCGGAGAUGUCAGGACCCCCGUCUGCUGGUUGCUCUGUGCCUGUGAGAGAGAGGGACAGCAGACCGUUGAUGCCGCCGCCGCCUCCGAGUGUACCAGCGCCAGUGAACGGAGUGAGAGCGCAGAAACCAGACGAGAGAAAACCAGCACCAAACUCCCUGGAGCCACAGGUGAAGCGCGUGAAGACGGGGCUGGUGGCGUAUUCCGGCGAUUCCUCCGAUGAAGAUGACGACCACUGUCCCUCGAGAGUAGACGGGGCAGGUAAUACGGGCAUAGGCGGCUCAUCCGCGGGCUGGACGCUUGGGAUGUAUCGCUGCCCGUUAUCCCCUCCUCCCCGCCACAAAACACAAACACAACAGCAGCAGCCAAUGCCAUUCUGGAUGGCACCUUGACACACACACACACACACACACACAGGUAUACAUCAUGCCUCUGUCGCUAUAGGAACGGGCUCGUCCUGUCUUAAAGACUCUUGUGAGCGGAUUGUUGGUGAGAUGAAAGCGAGUCUCUCCACUGAACACCAGUAUAUAGAUGUCCAUAUAAUGGCACUCAUCACUUUAAAAACGCUGGUCUAGUCUCAACUAGUUUAGUUUCUGUUGAUCAGGUUUAUUAGCUAUGUUUUUCCUUCUGUGAGCUUCUCUCUUGAGAAAUAAAAUGCAUUUACUCGAUUGUUUGUGUCUGUGACUGAA